AUGAAUAAAAGUACUUGUCCGGGGACAGCAGAGACCCCGAGCGAGCUGUGGAGGCUCCACGGUCUGGCAUGCUCUCAGCUCUUCGUCACAGCCAGACCCGCCUUCAGCUGCAGGAAGGCGUGCUCUGCUCCCGGAGCAGGCUGGAACCCAGCGGCGACCGAGCGCUCCUGCAAGCAGCUCCGAAACCCUAAAAAGAGGUCCCUGCUCGUCGCUCCGCUCCGGGUGCAUCCGAUCCGCGAGGCUCUGAAAACUGAGGAGCGGCCACCGGACGCCCACUGAGCAGGUAGCAGCAUGCAGCCGCCCGCAAGCCUGUGCGGACGCGCCCUGGUAGCGCUGGCUCUUGCCUGCGGCGUGGCGGGAGUCUGGGGAGAAGAGAGAGGAUCCCCGCCUGCCCUGGCCACCUCGCCGCUUCUGGAAACCGAAGAGAAAAUGACGCCACCUACUAAGACCUCCUGGCCGAGGGGGUCCAACGUCAGUCUGCCGUGGUCGUCUGCACCUGCGGAGGCGCCUGAAGGAGGGAGGACGGCUGGAGCCCCGCCACGCACCAUCUCCCCUCCCCCGUGUCAAAGAUCCAUCAAGAUCAAGGAGACUUUCAAAUACAUCAACACGGUUGUGUCCUGCCUCGUGUUCGUGCUGGGCAUCAUCGGGAACUCCACUCUGCUGAGAAUCAUCUACAAGAACAAGUGCAUGCGAAACGGUCCCAAUAUCUUGAUCGCUAGCCUGGCCCUGGGAGACCUGCUGCACAUCGUCAUUGACAUCCCCAUCAAUGUCUACAAGUUGCUCACAGAGGACUGGCCAUUUGGAGCCGAGAUGUGUAAGCUGGUGCCUUUCAUACAGAAGGCCUCGGUGGGAAUCACUGUGCUGAGUCUGUGUGCUCUAAGUAUUGACAGAUACCGAGCUGUUGCUUCUUGGAGUCGAAUUAAAGGAAUUGGGGUUCCAAAAUGGACAGCAGUAGAAAUUGUUUUAAUUUGGGUGGUCUCUGUGGUUCUGGCUGUCCCUGAAGCCAUAGGUUUUGAUAUGAUUACUAUUGACUACAAAGGAAGUUAUCUGCGAAUCUGCCUGCUUCAUCCCACUCAGGAAACAGCCUUCAUGCAGUUCUACAAGACAGCUAAAGAUUGGUGGCUAUUUAGUUUCUAUUUCUGCUUACCACUAGCCAUUACUGCAUUUUUUUAUACCCUGAUGACCUGUGAAAUGUUGAGAAAAAAGAGCGGCAUGCAAAUUGCUUUAAACGAUCACUUAAAGCAGAGACGGGAAGUGGCCAAAACAGUAUUUUGCCUGGUCCUGGUCUUUGCCCUUUGUUGGCUCCCUCUUCACCUCAGCAGAAUUCUGAAGCUCACUCUUUAUGAUCAGAAUGAUCCCAACAGAUGUGAGCUUUUGAGCUUUUUGUUGGUAUUGGACUACAUUGGCAUCAACAUGGCCUCCCUGAACUCCUGCAUUAAUCCAAUCGCUCUGUAUUUGGUUAGCAAAAGAUUCAAAAACUGCUUUAAGUCAUGCUUAUGCUGCUGGUGCCAGUCAUUUGAAGAAAAACAGUCCUUGGAGGAAAAGCAGUCAUGUUUGAAGUUCAAAGCUAAUGAUCACGGAUAUGACAACUUCCGUUCCAGUAAUAAAUACAGCUCAUCCUGAAAGAAGGAAUAUUCACUUAAUUUCAUUUUCUUUAUUUUGUACAGAAAUCAUUAAAACAACAUGAAACAUUUGCCAAAAACUAAACAAAAUGAAAAAGCUAUAUGUUUGCACAAAACAAUGUAAAAAUGUAAGAAUGAUUAGUUUAACACCCUUAGUUACACAUGACAUUUUGGGGGCUGUUUACAGCCUGAGAAGAAAAGCAGUGGGAAUUAAGAAAGCCUCAUUGUGAAAGCACUUAAUUUUUCUCAGCACUUCAAUGUAUCUCUUAAUAACUUCCAGCAUAUUCAUACACCACUUAGGUUUUAAAAUGAUUUCACUCAGAAUUCCUAUUAAAGAGGUCUACUUACUAGGAAUUAUUCACAUCGGUGUGAAUCUGAUACAAAGGGAAACUAUAAAACAGAAUUUUUAAAUGAAAUUUAAAUCACUCUAUUUGAAAUUUCAAAAAUUCUUUAAAACAACUUUUUUAUUAACAGUGUCACACCAUUGGUCGGACUGUAAUUGGAUGCAAAAUGUUGAAUGCAGUUUAGCUGGUGUUUUUUUGGAUAUUAAAAUUGUUUAAAUGAUCAAGAGAGAAUGUCAGAAAGAGAAACCAAGGCUAAGUUUUUGAAAAUCAUUAUACUCUUUACAUUCAGAUAAGAUCAACUGUCAGAAAGGGAAAGAUGGAGGUUUGAAUUGCUGUCCCAAAAGACUUCUUCAAAAUUUUCCAUUCACAUACUGUGCAAAGAAAAUACUACCUACAAUUCUUCCAGGAUUAUUAAAGUCAUCUUCUUCUUUCACUAUGGUAGUGUAAACUCUGUUUGUUUAGUUUUGUCACCUGUAAAUACUUAGCUACCUACACUACUUGUAGAUGAUUAAACUAAGGGCAGGCCCCAGAGUCAUUGCUUUACAAUGGAGAGAUGCCAGUGACCCUGUAAUGGACAGAAUGUGAAUUGCCUGGCGCAGUGUCCACAUGGCAAAGGAGCAGGCAGCAUCCUCUCUCACCCAUGCUGUAGUUAAAAUGGUCUCUCACGUAUGUAUAAUAUUAUAGUUAAAAUACUAUUUUUUAAAAUUACACAAAUUAGGCCAUUUAACAGCUACCUGUAAAGCUUAUUACUAAUUUUUAUAUUAUUUUUGUAAAUAACCAGUAGAAAAGUGUUCUUGACAUGGUGCUUUUCUAUCACUUAGAGGCCAAACUGCUUUUUGAGACUGUAAGAAUCUUUUAACUUUGUGCAUGCUUGCCCGAUUUUUUAAUCUCCCCAGCAAAGUGCCUUAGGUUCUCUCAGGAUGAGAUGUGUGUGAAAGUAUGUACAAGAGAAAAUGGGAGAGAGAGGAAAUGAGGUGGGGUAGGAGGAAGCCCCUGGGGACAGAUUCCCAUUCUUAGCCUGAUGUUCGUCAUUGCUCCGUCACAUCAAUGCAAACGGCCCUGAUUCUGUUCCAGCAAAACACAGUGAAAUGUUCUCAGAGUGACUUAAGGAACAAAUUGGGCCCAAGAGCUUUAACUUCAUCUUAAAAUAUAACAGAAUGUCUACUUUUUUUUCUUUUAGUAAGCUGGGCCAUAUGUUGGAAAGAAGUUAGCAAUCUAAUGUGGUAACACAGUAAACCAAAACCCAAUGUGGGGGAAAAGACAGGACAAUAAUUAAUUCACAUGUCACAUGGAUUCUAUUUACAAAUCACCCACAAACCUGUUUAUUAAUUUCUUCCCAAUCACUUUUUCAGAUGCCUGUCAUCAUAAAAGACAUUUCAGAUUUUCAAUUUGAAAUUAACUUUGGGUCACUAAUGUUUUCACAGUUUGUUAA